AUGUCAGUCAAUCCACCACUUCCUCUGUCCUCUCCUCAGGAUAAGCAGGUUUUUCGGUCCUCCCCCUCUGGUGUGUCCCAUUCUUCCCAGGAGCCGAUGAUUGCAGGGCAGCUCAGCAAGUCACUGCUCACACUGUGCGGUGAGAUGAGCGCGGCAGAGCUGAGGGGCGACGACAAUGCGGCUACCCCCGACAGCGAGAACGAGCCUCCGCUCCUGCCGCUUGAGGCUACUGACAAUGAGGAUCCCCACAGCACGCUCUGUGGUACUCCAGUAGGCUCAUCGCACUCUGAUGGCAGCAACAGUCCUUUUGAACAGACCCACCCAACUUACUCCAUAGGACGUCAGUCCAUGCUGGCAACACAACAUCUAGCAUCAGCAGUGGCAGGGGUGAUGCCUGCUGGCACCUCGGGCCUUAACCAGCCCAUUCUUAUCCCCUUCAGUGUAGCUGGGCAACUGGGGGGACAGCAAAGCCUCGUGCUUUCACUCACUGGUACAAACCCUACCAACCUGGGCAAUCUCCAGGGCCUGGUAGCUGCAGCAGCAGGUGGCAUCAUGACUGUACCACUACAGAACCUACAAGCUACCUCAUCUUUGAACUCACAGCUCCAGCAAUUCCAACAACUACAACAUUUACAACAGCACCAACAGCAUCAUCAGCAUAAGCACCAGCAUCAGCAUCAGGAGCAACCAGGAACACAUAUCCAUAUCCAGAGCCCGCUGUCUCCUCCACACCAGCAAUCCCCAGUCAGCCAGCAACAGAUUUCUUCAUCUUGCUCAUCUUCUUCCUCCUCCUCUGCCCAUAGCUUUGUUCCACCCAAUUCUCCACAUCACAAGCAGAACCACUCACCUGCUCAUAACCAGCCUUCACCGUCCAGCCCACCUACCCCGCUCCAGCUUAAUCCUUUAGCCACCCAGGCAGUGGCUGCAGUAGCAGCCAUGAGCUCCAUGACAGGUUCUCAAACCUUUGGCAAUGCCUUGUCUGGCCUACAGGGAAUCACUGGGCAGCUGGUCACCAAUGCACAGGGACAGAUCAUCGGAACGAUCCCAAUGAUGUCUAAUUCUACUGGACCUUCCAGCCAGUCGGGGGGUGGAGCCCCAGGGCUGCAAAUCCAGCCAAUCACACCGCAGCUCUUAACUAACGCCCAGGGCCAGAUCAUUGCCACGGUGAUUGGCAACCAGAUCCUGCCAGUCAUUAACACCCAGGGAAUCACAUUGUCACCAAUCAAGCCAGGACAGCAGGUAAAAAUGAGCAUACCCGGCCUGCUAGGCCGAGGAUCCUCUCAGACUGGCUUGCUCAACCUGAAUCAUGGCCAGACCCCUCUAUCCCACAGCCCCAUACACAGGGUUUCCUCUUCCUCAUCCAGCUCUUCCUCCACCUCUACCCUCAGUGUGGGACAACUGGUCAGCAACCCCCAGACGGCGCCCGGCGAGGUGGAUGGGGUCAACCUAGAGGAGAUCCGCGAGUUUGCCAAAGCAUUCAAGAUCCGCCGUUUGUCCCUGGGUCUGACACAAACUCAGGUGGGCCAGGCUCUGAGCGCCACUGAGGGUCCAGCCUACAGCCAGUCUGCCAUCUGCAGACACACCAUCCUGAGAAGCCACUUUUUCCUACCACAGGAAGCCCAGGAGAACACUAUAAGUAGCAGUCUGACAGCCAAACUGAAUCCUGGCCUUUUAUAUCCUGCCAGGUUUGAGAAGUUGGACAUCACCCCAAAAAGCGCCCAGAAGAUUAAGCCCGUUCUUGAGCGCUGGAUGGCCGAGGCCGAGGCCCGGCACCGCUCCGGAACGCAGAACCUGACCGACUUUAUCGGCAGUGAGCCAUCUAAAAAGCGCAAGAGGAGGACCUCAUUCACCCCGCAAGCACUGGAGAUUCUCAAUAGCCACUUUGAGAAGAACACGCAUCCCUCUGGACUGGAGAUGACUGAGAUUGCAGAGAAGCUGAACUAUGACCGGGAAGUUAUUCGCGUCUGGUUUUGUAACAAGAGACAGGCUCUAAAAAACACAAUAAAACGCUUGAAACAGCCAGACCUUGGCCCUACUGCCCCCAUGGACCCGCUAACCGACUCAGUGGAGGAACACCCAUGA